AUGACUUUAUUCACCACGGACCACCAAACCAUCUUUGCCAUGUCUUCGCAUCAGUAUACCUUGCCGGGCAUGGACGAUGUCCCCGAAACAUACCCAUACAACAUGGGCCAAGCAGACAGUGAGGAAGACGUGGACAGCUUCUACCUGGCCAGUCCCCCAGCGUCCUCAUACACAGGCCUCGGCUUCGAGUCAGCCAUGCCAGCCAUGCCAGCAAGCCAAGCCUACAACACCACCCUGCUGGCACCGAUGAGCGGAUCAUACUUGUCCUACGGCGAUCCGUGGACCUCUCAGGUGCCCCCAACAGCAACAACAGCAACAGCAACAGCAACAUACCACCCCACCGAGAUCUACCCAGCCUCAACAAUGGCAUACAGCCCGCAAAGAACAACUCCCACCAACCUCAACCUCAACCCGCAAAGCUAUCUCUACCCGGGCCCAUCAACCCCCAACCCCGACCCGAAACCGCCCUCCCCAGACCUCGACACGAAAGACCUAAACAACUACGGCAUCCCCAAUGCCGACGGCUCCUGGCGCUGCGCCUACCCAGGCUGCACCUCGGCCGCGACGUUCCACCGCGGCUGCGACCUGCGCAAGCACUUCAACCGGCACCGGAAGCAUCUGUUCUGUCGCCACGAGGGCUGUCCGCAGGCUGUUGCAGGCGGGUUCUCGAGCAAGAAGGACCGCGCCCGGCACGAGGCGAAGCAUAACCCCGGUGUUGUGUGUGAGUGGCCGGAUUGCGGGAGGGUGUUUAGCCGAGUCGAUAACAUGAAGGAUCAUGUGCGGCGGAUUCAUAAGAGGGGGGAGGUUGACUCUUGA